AUGGGGAAGUGGGAGGGAAGGGGGUUGGGGCAUAGGAGGUGUGAGGAACAGACCCCAGGACUCUUGGUAAACUUUGGCUUUGUGAUGAGAAGAAAUCACAGAUGUUUUCAAAUCCCAUUACAGUCAUUGCAGGACUCUUAAACAUCUACACACUCAUCAAAAUUUCUAAAUUACCAUAAUUUGAGAACCUGCCAUUAGAUCUCGGAGUUUAAUAUAUUAAGAAAGAGGCACAUAUAUUACUGUUUCACAUAUUUGUUUUAAAAAUAUUUGUAUAUUUGUAAUUCAGACUUUUCUUGCUGCUCCAGGAACACCCCUAAUCUAAGCAUGCUUUGUGGGUAGCUGCUCACAGCCCUUUCCAACAGCUCACAAAGGUUUACAAAUAUUCACUUGCUCCCUCUUAGGCCCCAGGGCAAUUUCUGGAGUUCACGCAUUAAUAAUAAUAAAAAUAACAGCUGUUUCUUAUCCAGCCCUUACUCUGGGCCAGGCCGUAUUCUCAGCAUUUAAUUUCAUGUGUCAACUGGUUUGAUCCUCACUACAGCCCAUAAGGUACGUACCAUUAUCGUCUUCGUUUUACAGGUAAAGAAUCCGAGGCCCAGCGAGUAAUCCUCCUCAGACGCACAGCUCGGAAGCAGCGCUCAUUCCAGGAUUUUGAUUUUGUGUUUCCAGCGUGCUCGGGGUUCUGGGGAGGAAUCAGUGGGCUUAGCUUGGAGAGGGAGGAAGGCGGAAGGAAUUAAGAGGAAGAUGAAGCCGGCGCGACCAGAGGGAAGGGGGAUUCCCCCGGGUCACAGGCGCUGGUGCCAGCACAUCUGGGUACCGCGGGAUGCCGCAGGACCAGAGCAUCUGGAUAAGCAUCCUCGAAAACCUCCUAUCCUGCCUCUCUCCCAGUGACACUGCCUGAUCCCGGUCUAUUCUCCACCCUCCCACCCCUCUACCAUGUGCCUCCUUCAUCCCUGCUGGUCCUGCUGCUGUCUGCUCCUAUUUUUCUCCCUGGGAGUCCAGGGGGUCCCCAAGGAUCCCAGUGCUGCCCCCGAGCAAAUCCACCUGUCCUACCCAGGUGAGCCAGGCUCUAUGACUGUAACCUGGACCACAUGGGUCCCAACACUCUCUGAAGUGCAGUUCGGCGUUCAGAUAACUGGGCCUCUGCCCCUCCGGGCCCAGGGCACCGCCAGCCUCUUUGUGGAUGGGGGCCGUCUCCGGCGGAAGCUCUAUAUACACCGAGUCACGCUGCGAGGGCUGCUGCCAGGGAUCCAGUAUGUUUACCGCUGUGGCAGUUCUCAGGGCUGGAGCCGUCGUUUCCGCUUCAGAGCCCUAAAAGAUGGGCCCGACUGGAGCCCCCGCCUGGCUGUGUUUGGGGACAUGGGGACUGACAACCCGAAGGCCCUACCUCGGCUGCGCAGGGACACCCAGCAGGGCAUGUAUGAUGCUGUUCUCCAUGUGGGAGACUUUGCCUACGACAUGGAUCAGGACAACGCUCGCAUCGGGGACGAGUUCAUGCGGCUCAUUGAACCUGUGGCUGCCAGCCUGCCCUACAUGACGUGUCCUGGGAAUCACGAGGAGCGCUACAACUUCUCUAACUACAAGGCUCGCUUCAGCAUGCCGGGGAACAAUGAAGGCCUGUGGUACAGCUGGGAUCUGGGUCCUGCACACAUCAUCUCCUUCUCCACUGAGGUGUAUUUCUUCCUCCAUUACGGCCGCCACCUGGUAGAGAGACAGUUUCACUGGCUGGAGAGAGACCUCCAGACAGCCAAUAAGAAUCGGGCAGCCCGGCCGUGGAUCAUCACCAUGGGUCACCGGCCCAUGUACUGUUCCAACGCUGACAUGGAUGACUGUACGUGGCAUGAAAGCAAGGUCCGCAAAGGCCUCUUCGGCAAGUUAUUUGGAUUGGAGAAUCUUUUCUACAAAUACGGGGUUGACCUGGAGUUUUGGGCUCACGAACACUCGUACGAACGGCUGUGGCCAAUUUACAACUAUCAGGUAUUUAACGGCAGCCGAGAGAUGCCCUACAACAACCCUCGAGGCCCUGUCCACAUCAUCACAGGAUCUGCCGGUUGUGAGGAGAAGCUGACUCGCUUCACCCUCUUCCCACGGCCUUGGAGCGCCAAGCGCGUGAAGGAGUAUGGGUACACACGGCUACACAUCCUCAAUGGGACCCACAUCCACAUCCAGCAGGUGUCUGACGACCAGGAUGGGAAGAUUGUGGAUGAUGUCUGGGUGGUGAGACCUCUGCUCAACCGGAUGAUGUACCUCUAGGGAUGGGGCAGCUUUCAUCAGGAACCCUGGGCCUUGCUGCCUUGGCUGGUGUGACCAUCACUGCCCAGGCCCACCUGGGAAGUCAGGGCAGGCCUUGACUCCUCUGUUCUCCUGAGGCCCCAUGUAGCUGGAUGCAGCUUGAGGGCUGGGGCAGCUCUCCCCUCCAGGAGAGGUGGAGGUCCCGGUUGGCUGUGUUGGAGGGCAGGUGUGGACACAGACACAGACAUAGACACAGGUGGGUGGCACAGCCCUGCCCUCCUGCAUAGCAAUGACUGGGGAGGCAGCACCCAUGGGGCCUCGGGAAUAAAGAGGCUUAAUGGCUGUGGCUCCAUUGACUCUGCACUUCUGCUGGGGAUGCCCACUGGAGCACCCCUCUCCUGCCUGCAGGGGCAAGAGGCAUCGCCAGCCCCAAGUCAGCAUGGUGGUCAUGGCCUUCAUGACACAUGGCCUUCAGCAGGCGGCGUUGGUGACUUUCUCCCCAUUGGCCGUCCUUCCAUGUGCCAAUGGCCCGAAGAGUGAUAACAGAUUUCCCUUUGUGCCUCAGUUUCCCAACCUUCUACUGACUAAUCCUGGAAGGGAAGUGUUAACACUCCGGCCUCUCAGCUAGGGCAGCUGACGAGAGUUAGGUGCUCGCAGACCUGCUGUUUUCCUCCUGUUUCCCUCUUUCCUGUUUCUCCUCUUCCUUUCGUUUAUUCAACCAUUAUUUAUUGAGCACCUACAAUGUGCCAGGCUCUGUUCUUAGUAAUGGGGAGACAGCCAUGAAGGGCACGGAGACCUCUCCCUUGUGGAGCUGACAUUCUAUCCAGCAUGUCAGCCAGGGAACACAAUAAAUAAGUAAAAUGUAUAACAGGGAGUCACUGUUUAGUAAUAAGUGCUCAGAAAAAUCAGGAAAGGGGGAUGGAGGGGAGGGGAGGCAGUUGCACUUUUUACAAGGAUGGUCAGGGACGCCUCACUGAGAGGCUGACAUUUGACCUGAAGGAGUCUGAGGGAGGAGCCACGUGGGCAGUGUUCCAGGCAGAAAAACAGCCCGUGUAAAGGCCCUGAGACAGAAAUGUGCCUGCCGUGUCAGAGGAUCAAUGGGGAAGCCAGUGCAGCUGGAGCAGAGAAAGUGAGGGUGAGAUGGAGGCAGGGCAGUGAUGGGGGCAGAUUAAGUGGGGGUCUUGUGUGCCACGGGAGGGCUUUGUCCUUUAUCCUGAGUGAGACGGAGCCACAGGAGGGCUCUGAGGUGAUGACAGACAUGAUCUGACUCCAGGAGUCCUAGGCAAAGGCUGAGGGCUUCCCCCCAGGGAAGCCCAUGAGUUCCAGUUCUGCAGGCUGACCUCAUAUCUAUUCUUCUCUCGUGCUGUGCAGCGUCAGCAUCAGCCUCCUCACAUCUGAUUUCCACCCUCCCCGCCCAAGGCGCACCGGCUCCUGGCAGUUUCUCCAGCAUACCAAGAUAUUUCUCACUGUAGGGCCUGUGCAUUGGCUCUUCGUCCUCUGAAUGCCCUAUCCCCAGCUCGUCUCAGGCUGGCACCUUCUCAGCCUCAGGUCUCAGCCUUCCCUGACAACUCCAGAUGAAAGAACUGCAAUCACUCUCUGUCCUGUCCUGUUUACUUCAUUUCUAGCUCAGCAUUCUACAGUUCUCUCAUUGAUUUGUUAACUGUUUAUUGUCAAUCUGCCCUGAUGGGCUGGGGCGGGGAGGGAGGGGGUCUCUGAGAGUGGAGACCAAGGCCAUCUUGUUCAUUCCUGGGUCUAUCAUCUCCACCAACCCCUCCCAGACCCCCUUCUCAGGCUGGGCUGGGACCCUGGCCCCCCGCCCCAUUCUAGCCCUGCCCAUCCUGGGCCUUCACUGUCUGGGGGUGUGUCUGUCUCCACCACUGCACUGUCAGCCCAGAAGGGUGUUGUCCAGGGCUUGGUCCAGCCCAGCCCAGCACAAGAUAGAUGCUUAAUAAAUAUUUGUUGCCUUAAUGAAGGCCAUCACAUGCCAGGCUCCAGGCAACGCCGGGGACGGCAAUGAAUCAGUGUCAGUCAGACCCUGUGGGAGCUUGCAGGCAGGCAAAGAAACAGUUACCCAACACAGGUGACACGCAGUGAGGGAAUGCAGCAGAGGGGUGCACCAAGCUUGUGAAGUCACCGGCUGGGGAGCCAUUCACUGCAUGGUGCAGCCAGACCGAGCAAGUACCCACGUGGGCCUAGCCCGUUCUGUCUGGGCCGAAGGAGACUGUGAGCAUGGCCAGGCAAUGGGUCCACAGGGAGCAAAGGGUGGCAAAAGCCAGACAGAAACCGGGUUCAAAUGUCAGAUCUACCACUUCUGUGGGAUGUGGAGUCACCAGCCCUCUCUGAAGCUCUGUUUCUUCAUCUGUAACAAAGAGUGAUCAUACUUUGUGGAGUUACUUUGGGAUUAAAUGAGGUUGAAAGCCCAGGUAUUGUCCUUGACUCCUCUUUUUCAUGUCCUGCAUUCAAUUAGCUAGUAGAUUCUGCUGGCUUUAUCUUUGAAAUCUAUCUAGAAUAUGUCCCCUUUGCCCACCGACAAGGUACCCGUCCUGGUCCUAUUCACCUUAUCUCUCAGCUCCUGCCUGGUGUCCCCCUGCUCCUGUUCCUGCCUCCACAGUCUGUUCCCCACAUGCAGCCAAAGGGACCUGUGGACACCUGCAUCAGAUCAUGUCCCUCCCUUGCCUGAGCCCUCUCGUGGCUCCAUCUCACUCGGGGCGGGGGUGGAGGGUAACCAGAGUCCUCCCUGUGGCCCACCCCACACAAGCUGCCCUCAUCUCCCAUAGUCGCCCUUGCCCUCUUUUCCAGCCACACUGGCCUCAGAUCUAUCAGGUUACCCUCCAGGUUUGCACUGGCUGUUUCCUCAGCCUGGGACUUGUCCCCAGGUACUCACAUGGCUCCCUCUCCACCUCCUUCAUGCCUCAGCUCAAAUCUCACGGAAAGACAAGAACUUCCCUGCCCACCUGUUUUAAACAGCAUCCCACCCCCCAGCUCCCCACCCACCCUCACCUCCCAUCUCCUUUCCCUGUUUUUCCUUCAGGCCAUUUAGGAUUCAUGACCUACUAUAUAGAUACAUGUUUAAUUAUUUAUUCUUUAUUUCCUCCAUCAGAAUGUGAGCUCCUGGGGUGCAUGGGUUUCUGCAGGUUGUGUUCAUUCCUUCAGCCUAGUACCUGAUACAUAGUAGUUGCUCAACAAACAUUGGUUGAAUGAAGGGAGGGAGGAGAAAUACAGGUGUAAAUGCUUAACACAGUACCUGGCACUGAGGGAGCAUGUAACAAAUAGUAAGGAUGACGGUGAUUUAGGUGAAUCAGAUAAAGGCCCAACCCUUGGGGCUCCCACUGUUGGGUGCGCAGGAGACAGGCACGUAUAGCUGGUUGCCACACCUAUGAUAUGUGACAUGCACAGGAAGUGACAGGUUGCAGGACCCGAGAUCCUGAGGCUUCUGGGAAGCAAAGUUUAGCAAGGCUUUUGGAGGCUACACAGAUACAUGCCUGGCAGAAUGGGGGCGAAUGCUCCUAGAUGGGGCAGCAGGGCCCCAGGGAGAGCACAUGGGGUGGCUGGGGAUCUGUGCAGAGACAAAAAGGGGGAAGCUUCAGGUCUCUGGUUUCAUUCAUUAAUGAAUGUUUAUUUACUAAAUUCCUUCAUUGCUCUGAGCAGCCAGAAAUGGUUUCUGUUGAUUGUAACUAGGAACCAUGAAAGGCCUAUGCACCUGCUAUGACGCAAGCGCUGGAAAUACUGUGGUGGCCCAGAUGAUAUUUUGCCCCUUGUGAUGCUUAAAUUCAACUGGGGAAAGUAGAAAAGAAACCCUGAAAACAAACUAUCACACGGUAAUUACAGGUGAUGAUCAGCGCUGUGAAGAAAACACACUGGGAUUGAUGUGGGAUAGUAAAGUUGUUUUAGACAUACUGUCCAGGGAAGGCCUCUCUGAAGUCACAUUUGAAUCAAAAUAUAGGGAGUUGGUUAAAGCAAAGACCUAGAAGAGUGAUCCAACCAGAGGGACCAGCAAGUGCAAAGGUCCUGAGGCGGGAUUAAGCCUGCGUGUUUGAGAAACAGCCAUGAGGCCCAGGUGGCUGGCAUGGAGUAAGUAGAAUUGCCAGGUCAAAUAUGGAAUGCCCAGUUAAAUUUGAAUUUCAGAUCAACAAUCAAUACAUUUUUAGUAUGGGUAUGUCCCAAAUAUUGCAUGGGAUAUACUUAUACUAAAAAAUGAUUUGGGUUUGCCUGAAAUUCAAUUGGCCAUGCUGUAUUUGUAUUUGCUACAUUUUUAUUGCAACCUCAGGAGUGAGCAAGGGAGAAAGUAGCGGGAGCAGAGGCCAGAGGACAAGGAGACGCAAAAAGUUCCUUUCUGGAGCCUGCACAUAUGCACAAGGAGACAGGAUGCUCCUUGUGAGGGUCCCGAUUAUAUGGGGUCCCCAUUCCCUAGGCAGUGUCCCCUCUUCCCAGCCCCUUCCUCCCUCCAAGACAUCCCUCCAGAUCUUAGCUGCGCUUUUUUUUUUUUAGCAAAUUUUAAAAAUGAUAAUAUCCUUAUUUUUCUUCAGGGGAGAAAGUAACACACUCAUUAUUAAAGCAAACAAGCAAAUUUAAACCAUGCAAAAUAAAGAAAUAAUGUAGAACCAGAAAUUUCCCCGCUGUCCCAUUCCUAACAGCGUCUAGCUUUGAACGUUUUAAUAUUUUUCCUUAUAACCUUUGAGUUUUAAAAAAUGUAAAUACUAUCGUGCUCACUUUGGCAGCCAAUGUACUAAAAUUGGAGUGAUAGAAGAUUAGCAUGGUCCUUGCGUGAGGAUGACACACAAAUUCAUGAAGCAUUCCAUAUUUUUUCAUUUGGCAAUAUAUACAAAUAUCGAAUCAUUAUGUUGUACACCUGAAACUAAUAUAAUGUUAUAUGUCAAUUUAAAAAAAAAGGAAAGAAAAUACUGUCAUAUGAUAUGGGCAGGUUUGUCAAUUGUUUUUCUUUCCCACAUAAAUUAACAUGGGCAUUAUAUCACCUCUAUGCUGGUGGUAUUUUUUCAUUUUUUUAACAUAAACUUUAUUUUUGAAACAGUUUUAGAUUUACAGAAAAAUUUCGAAGAUAGUACAGCGUUCCCAGAAACCUCAUACCCAGUUUCCUCUAUUAUUAAAAUGUUAACCUUACAUUUGUUAUAAUUAAGGAACCACUAUUGAUAUAUCAUUAUUAACUGAAGUCCACACUUUAUUCUACUGCAUUUAAAAAUGUUUAAAAAAAUGUUUAAAUAUAACUUCAUUAAAAUGUAAUUAGUACAAUUAACUUCAUGCUUUGAAAGUGUACAAUUUGAAGAGUUUUGACAGAUGUGUAUUCCUAUGAAACCACCACUACAGUCACGAUUCAGAAUAUUUCCAUCUGAAUUUCCCCCCAAUUUCCCUCCUGUCCCUUUGCAGUUAAUCCUUCUCUCUGUCCCUCAGCCUCAAGCAAUAACCAAUCUGUUGUCUGUCACUGCAGAUUUACCUUUUCCAGAACGCUGUGAGUAGAAUCAGAUAAUAUGCAGCCCUUUGGGAAUGGCUGCUUUCACCCAGCCUAACACAUUUGUAAUUCAUCCAUGUGUCCUGCUUAUAAAUAGUUCCUUCCUUUUUAUUGCCAGGUAGUUGUUCCAAGGAAUGGAUCUACUGCAAUAUGUUUAUCUGGUCACCAGUAGAUGGAUAUUUGGGGUUGUUUCCAGUUUAGGGCAAUUAUGAAAACAACUGCUAUGAACAUUCCUGUACAAGUCAUUGUGUGCAUAUGUUUUCCUUUCUCUUUAGUAAAUAUCUAGGAGUAGGAUUGCUGGGUCCUGUGCCUUCGCAUUCUUUUUGUGGCUGCAUCGAUGUAUUCUGUGACAUAUUUGGAGCUUUGCUCAUCACCUUAUUUUAUGUCAUAUUAUUUAUUUGUUCGUGUAUUUAUCAUCUAUCUCUCAAGCAUUUGUUCUCUGAAAAAUAAGAAAAAUGGCAAGGAGACUGGACCCUGAAGCCAGGCUGCCUGUGUGACUUUGGAGAAAUUACUUAACCUCUCUGUGCUUCAGUUCAUACAUAUGUAGAACAGGGAUAACAACAGUGCACAGGGUUGUUGUGAGAUUAAAUGAGGUAGAAUAUGAAAGUGCUUAGUACAGGGCCUGCUAUAUAGAAAACACUUAUACUAGGGCUGGCCCACUGGCUCAGGCGGUUAGAACUCCAUACUCCUAACUCCGAAGGCUGCCGGUUCGAUUCCCACAU